AUGUGUAAACCAGGAGAGAAGCUGUACCAUGGACCACAGACCAUGUGUAAUCCAGGAGAGGAGCUGUACCAUGGACCACAGACCAUGUGUAAACCAAGAGAGGAGCUGUACCAUGGACCACAGACCAUGUGUAAUCCAGGAGAGGAGCUGUACCAUGGACCACAGACCAUGUGUAAACAAAGAGAGGAGCUGUACCAUGGACCACAGACCAUGUGUAAACCAGGAGAGGAGCUGUACCAUGGACCACAGACCAUGUGUAAACCAGGAGAGGAGCUGUACCAUGGACCACAGACCAUGUGUAAACCAUGA